UUGGCCGUUAAAACCUCAGCCGUCUUCUCCAUUUGUUCGCUCUCUCUGCAACUCCAAGGAUUUCACACCAAAAAGCUUCAAUUUUUACAAAACCCUAAUUCGGCAUGAUAAACAUUAAAACAGAAACUCGAGCGACGGCGGCGCCGGAGCCAGUGAGUUCCGCAAACGCGUUCUCGUUCCUCUCACGGGGGUGGAGGGAGGUUCGCGACUCGGCCGACGCGGAUCUCAAGUUGAUGAAAAACAGGGCCGAUUCGUUCAAGAACCUAGCGACGUCGUUCGAUCGAGAGAUCGAGAACUUCAUCAAUUCGGCCUCGGCGUUCUCCGUUCCCGCCAUCAAGUCCUCGCCGCCGGCUGAAAUUGACUUCGUCAAGCGUUUGCAGCCGAAGAUCUCCGAAAUUCGGCGAGCGUACUCGUCGCCGGACUUCAGCCGGAAGGUUCUGGAGAAAUGGAGCCCUCGGACGAGGAUUCGGAUCGAUUUGUCAGCCAUAAAGAACGCGAUUGUUGCGGACGCGGAGGAGAGGGAUGGGGGCUUAGGGUUUCGUGGGUGGGAGAGGGUUCGUAGAGGGAGGGGGCUGAGGUUGAAGGAGUUUUGGGGGGAGUGGAAGGAGGAGAGUGAAGAGGGACAGAAGGAAUGGGAGCCAAUUCGGGCGUUGAAGACGAGAUUGCAGAGGAGGAGUUCAUCGUCGGAUAUUUUUGAGGGCUUUAAGAACAGUGAAUUUGUGGAGAAAGUGAAGUCUAGUUUGAAAGCAAUUUGCAGGGAGCCUCAGGAGUCCAAGGACGUUCCACCACUGGAUGUGCCAGAACUUUUGGCAUAUUUAGUGAGGCAAUCUGGGCCAUUUUUGGAUCAACUUGGCUUCAAAACAGAUAUAUGUGACAAGAUAGUGGAGAGCUUGUGCAGCAAACGUAAGAACCAACUUCUGCUGCGCUCUCUCUCUGCUGGAGAAUCUUCCUUUCUUGAGAGUGAUAACACUAAUGAUGAACUGGAUUUAAGGAUAGCAAGUGUUCUUCAAAGUACAGGGCACUGUUAUGAAGGUGGCUUUUGGGCUGACUCUGCAAAGCAUAACCUGUCAGAUGGGAAAAGGCAUGUUGCCAUUGUUACAACUGCUAGCCUUCCUUGGAUGACUGGAACAGCUGUAAAUCCACUGUUUCGGGCAGCAUAUUUAGCAAGCUAUGCAAAACAGAAUGUUACCUUGUUGGUUCCGUGGCUUUGUAAGAAAGACCAAGAACUAGUUUAUCCCAACAGUCUCACUUUUAGUUCACCAGAAGAGCAGGAGGUUUACAUUCGUAACUGGCUUGAGGAAAGGGUUGGUUUUAAGGCUGAUUUCAAGAUCUCCUUUUAUCCAGGAAAGUUUUCAAAAUCUAGGCGGAGUAUUAUACCUGCUGGAGAUACUUCUCAGUUUAUUCCAUCAAGGGAUGCUGAUAUUGCAAUCCUGGAAGAACCAGAACAUCUAAACUGGUACCAUCAUGGAAAGCGUUGGACUGAUAAAUUUAAUCAUGUGGUUGGUGUUGUUCACACAAAUUACUUAGAAUAUAUCAAGAGAGAGAAGAACGGGGCACUCCAAGCUUUCUUUGUGAAACACAUAAAUAAUUGGGUUGCAAGAGCAUACUGCCACAAGGUUCUUCGCCUUUCGGCUGCUACCCAGGACUUACCCAAGUCUGUAAUUUGCAAUGUUCACGGUGUGAACCCCAAGUUUCUGAAAAUUGGAGAGAAACUGGCAGAAGAAAGGGAACUUGGGCAGCGGGCCUUCUCAAAGGGCGCAUAUUUCUUGGGUAAGAUGGUCUGGGCAAAGGGAUACAGGGAGUUGAUAGAUUUGUUAUCAAGACACAAGAAUGACCUUGAUGGCUUUAACUUGGAUGUGUUUGGGAAUGGAGAGGAUGCACAUGAAGUUCAGACUGCCGCUAAAAGGUUGCAUCUGAAUCUCAAUUUUAUGAAAGGGAGAGACCAUGCAGAUGAUUCACUUCAUGGUUACAAAGUCUUCAUAAAUCCCAGUGUCAGUGAUGUGCUCUGCACAGCUACAGCUGAGGCCCUUGCUAUGGGUAAGUUUGUAAUAUGUGCAGACCACCCAUCCAAUGAGUUCUUUAGUUCAUUUCCCAAUUGUUUGACUUACAAGACAUCUGACGAUUUUGUUGCUAAAGUGAAAGAAGCAUUGGCUAAUGAGCCACAACCUCUUACUCCUGAGCAAAGAUAUAACUUAUCUUGGGAGGCCGCCACCCAGAGAUUUAUGGAGUAUUCUGAUCUUGACAGAGUCUUGAAUAAUAAGGAUGAUGCACAAUUGAGCAAAAGUUGUGGGAAGUUGAUCACGAGAUCAGUUUCGAUGCCUACCCUCUCGGGGAUGGUUGAUGGAGGGUUGGCAUUUGCCCACUACUGUCUUACUGGGAAUGAGCUCCUUAGGUUGUGUACUGGGGCAAUACCUGGGACACGAGACUAUGACAAACAACACUGUAGAGAUUUACAUCUCUUGCCUCCUCAGGUAGAAAAUCCAAUAUAUGGCUGGUAAAUAGGUUAUAAUCAACCUGUAACGACCAUUCUGUAUAGUAAUUGACCGUGCUUGUUAGUUCAAGGGUUUCUUUGUUUUCCUCAUUAAUGAUAAUUUUCUUUCGUAGCACGCACCUUCUUCAUACAGCCAAAAUCCAAGUUUUGUUGCUUUCUGUAGUAAUUAUGUAAGAUGACAUUCAAAAGUAUAUAAUUUCAUGUUUGGGAGA